AUUAUUGUCUUCAUAGGGCUAGCGCCAAAAAACUGAUUGAGAGACGUGGUCCAACAAAGAAACAAAACGGGACUACAAACCAAUUGGCUCUUGCUCUUAUUAUAGUAGUUCCCUGCUCUGCUUCACAAAAAAUAUCUCAAAUUCAUAUCUUUGAUCAAGCUUCAAUGGCUGCAUUAAGUUCAGUUUCAGUAGCGCACGUAUCAUUUUCCAUAUCUAACCCUCAAAUCCCAAGAAACUACAGACGUUUGCCUACUUUAUUUGCAUCAGCAUCAGCUACACCUUCCCACGAAUCAUCUUCAUCCACACAAAGUGGGAGUAUAUUAUCCUCAACUAAUUCUCCACCAAAAGUGCCCUUUGUUGAGUCCUCUGAAAUCCCCGAAAAUGGUUUCAACUUUGCUUUGGCUAAUCCUAAUGGAAACCCUGUUGUUAGACUUGUUCAGCACACUGAAUCAACUAUUGAGAGGGCAAUAUUUGACUUCCGUUUUCUGGCAUUCCUUGCUAUCGGAGGUUCAUUGGCUGGUUCGCUGCUCUGCUUCCUCAAUGGUUGUGUCUACAUUAUUGACGCUUACAAGGUUUAUUGGACGAGCUGUGUCAAGGGAAUUCACACAGGACAAAUGGUUCUGCGAUUGGUUGAAGCUAUAGAUGUUUAUCUUGCUGGGACUGUGAUGUUCAUAUUUGGGAUGGGCUUGUACGGAUUGUUUAUCACUAAUUCCUCUGCUAAUGUUGAUCCAACUUCUGACCGUGCCCUCAAGCACUCUUCCUUGUUUGGGAUGUUUGCUCUGAAGGCGAUAUUUGACUUCCGUUUUCUCGCACUCCUUGCUAUCGGAGGUUCAUUGUCUGGUUCUCUGCUCUGCUUCCUCAAUGGUUGUGUCUACAUCUUUGAUGCUUACAAAGUUUAUUGGAGCAGCUGUGUCAAAGGAAUUCACACAGGACAAAUGGUUCUGCGAUUGGUUGAAGCUAUAGGUGAGUUUCUGAAUGAUCUUGAUUUUUUAAUGAUCAUGCUGCUUGUAAUCAGAAAAUAGUAGAAGAGCACCUCA